CCUGCAAGUGCAACUCACGCACCUGCCGCCCUGCGGCUUGUCGAAGAAACACCUGCCUUCUCCCGUUCACCCCCGCGCGCUGUACCUCUCGUCCGUUCGUAUCCGCCGCCCCCUACGAGGCUACGCCAGGUGCCAGGUCUUCGUCGGGCCCGUCGCCGGCGACAAGCACCACAGGAGACAUAUCAAGUUUUUUUUUUGACAACUAACAUUUCCAUUAAUUCCUCAGCAGCAACUUGCUGAUAAUGGAUCCGAAGCAUUCGGCUGAAGUGUCCAAGCAUUUGGACAAGCAAAAUCGAGCACUAAUGGAAACAUAUCGAGCAAUGUCCCAUGAGUUGCAUAAACUGCAGACAGAAGAAGAGACAAUCAUGCGCAAGUUGUAUGAACUGAUGUCCGCGGAAGGGCUUCUUCCAAAGCCCAAGAAAGAAAAGCAACAGGGCGAAAAUGUUGUGGGAUCAACUCUGGAGAGCAAAGAACAGGAACCAUAAAAUCUUAUGCGACUUGCAAUAUGAUCUGACACUGAUGCCAGUUCAUCCGGAGAGCUAGUGUUUGUUAACUUCUGCAUAGCAGUACUCUACCAUCACGACUUGGUGACCGCUACAUUUAACUCCACAGUUGAAAAUUUAACCUGAGUAUUAGUUCUCCGAGGAAUUACAUACAGACAAACAGAAUGAUUCAUUUUGCUCCUAUGCUUCACCUGAGGUUUUAUAUUUUGUUUUCCCCUUUCUUAGAGCUAUCUGUUCCCAGGAAUCGCUUGUAUCUUUCUUUUCGUUUUGGCUGACACAAGUGUUAUGGAUUCUGAUUCCUCCAAUAUAAGUUCAAUGCACAA